CUGCACGGUUGAUUUCCGGAAAGGCGGUCCUAGUUGUGUCAGAUUUUUAUGCUAAUCACACCGAGCUCUGCGCUUUUUAAUCCACGCCCAGGCAGUGCAGAUAGAGGAUAGUAUCUGAAUCUUUCGUGGAGCAGGACAAAGAUAACGUAGACGCCAUGUCAGACAAACCAAAUCUUUGUGAAAUCAUACAAUUUGAUAAGAAAAAACUGAAGAAGAUAGAAACCAAAGAAAAAAACCCUUUGCCAACAAAAGAGACAAUUGAAGAGGAAAAGAGGCAAGAAUCGGCUUCAUGAAUGUGAAAUGGAGGAGAUGCAACUUUUAAUUGAUUUUUUUUAAGUUGACUGGUUUUAGUUUCAAAACCCUUACAGCUAACUGACUCAUGGAUGGGACUCUGUUGGAGCAUCCACUCCAAUCUUAAAAUAGGGGCUACUUCCUGUAAUGCACCAAGGGACCAAAUUAUCAAUAUAAUGGUGAUUGGAUCGUAGGGUCUUAGGAAACAAUGUAUCUGUGCACUAAGUAUGUGAAGUCAGUUUUAUUUUAUUUGUGUAUUUAAAUUCACCUGUUCAUUGACUCUCCUAUGCUUAACAUGUUACAAAGGAAAUAAAGACCAACAAAAUAAGUAAAUGUGUGAAAUAGCUUAGACUUAUUGUUUCUUGUCCUUCCUCACACUCUCCUCUUUCUCCCAUCCGCUCCACCACCACCCCUCCCCCAUCACCACCAAAAAUAAUGUUUCAAAAUACUGGCAAAAUCCAUUUGUUUUCUUUUCAGUAAAAUUUUCCAUCUGCUCUACUGCAUCUGAAAAAUGUUCACUCAUUCUUGAAACAAUAAUUGAAUGAACAUUGUAGAUGCUUACCUGCAAACAUUUUGAGCAUCUUGCAUUACAAUUCUACGUUAAUGGUAUGGAAACAGUUCAAUUACAAAAGAAAAUUUUAUUAAAACUUAUUUGCAAAUAAGUUUCAUUUUUUCCACAAAUCUAUAAUAAAAGUGAUGCAUAGUUAUUCAUCAGCGUUUGUGAUAAUCCUUAGAAGAAUGGAAAAGCCUUUCCAAGAUCCUAGAGAAUUUAUCAUUAUUUAAGUUGACAGUGUAUGUCCAGAAUUAUGAAAUAUAUGUACCUUUUGAGGGUUCCUGUUGCCCAAUAUAAAACAUAAAUUACUCUAAUUUGGUAAAUAUUGACCUAUGUAUCCGCAGUGAAUUAUCUAAACAAAAUUGAAUGUUGCAAGCCAACCAGGACAUUUCAGCAGGAAGUGUAUUAUAAUAUCUUUUUUUCUUAUUUAUAAAAUAUUCUGAAUUUAAUUUUCCAGAACAAUAAACCUUUUUGAAAACAAAUGAAUGCUUUCAAAUUAUACUUUUUUCCAAUUAACCAUUUUGUAAAUUUGUAAGAUUACAAUAAAUGGAAGUUGCAUCAA